AUGGGCCGCAGGCUGAGGACCACCUUACCAAUGGCAACUGGCCUAUUGAAACCUGAGACAUAUGACGCCCAAGAAAUAAAGAGAAGCUUUCAGAAAGCUAAGGACAAGCAGAAGUACCAUUAUGACCGUCACGGUACCAGAGAAUUACCUCCGCUCAAACCGGGUGACCAUGUGAGAGUGAAGCCGGAACAUGGGUCAAAGGAGUGGAAAGCAGCAACCGUAGUACAAAGUCAUGCUUCUCCACGGUCGUAUAUGGCAGAUACAAGCAGCAGUAGAAUAAGACGUAACAGGUUGGCCUUGAGAGCCGAUCGUCCAGAAUCACAUGCAGGUUAUCAGCGGCGCUAUGCAAGCACACUCCAGCAGCCAGAACAAGAUCGCGAAUCAGACACCCCGGACACCGAUACAGCACCACAG